AUGUCAUUAUUAACACAUGUAAUUAAAGCUCUUGAAAAGAUAGCACCAUUAUCAUUAGCACAUACAAAAUGGGAUAAUGUAGGUCUACUAGUUGAACCACCAUAUCCACGUUCUUCAGCCACAAGUGUAUUUCUCACCAUAGAUUUAACACCCAUAGUUCUUGAGGAAGCCAUUUCGACUCCUAGUGUUGGAAUGAUAGUGGCUUAUCAUCCACCGAUAUUUCAUGCUUUUAAACAAUUAAAUUUGAAUGAUACGAAACAAAGCAUUGUUUUAAAAUGUAUUGCGGAAGGAAUUAGUGUUUAUAGUCCUCAUACUGCUAUUGAUUGUAGUGUUGGUGGAGUAAAUGAUUGGUUAGCUAAAGGACUUGGAUCAGGAACAUCUAUAUCUUUAAUGCCUAGACAUGAGGAAGCAGGGGCAGGUAGACUUUUCACAUUAGAAGAACCAGUGUCAUUAUCAACUAUGGUUAAACGAAUUAAAAAUCAUCUGAAGUUAAAGCAUGUAAGAGUUGCUACAGCUGAAAAGCAUAGACAUAAUGAUGGAUUAAUUUCAACAAUUGGAAUUUGCGCAGGAUCUGGUGUUUCAGUGCUAUCACCAGCAAAGGCAGAUUUAUAUUUUACAGGAGAGAUGUCACACCAUGAAGUAUUAGCAGCUUUGGCAAAAGAUACCAGUGAGCAUACAAAUACUGAGAGAGGAUAUCUUUCCGAAGUAUUAAAACCCAAACUAGAAAAGUUGUUAAAAGAAGAUGGUGAUAAUCAAAAAGUGGACAUAUUGGUAAGUCAAUCAGACAAAGAUCCUUUGGAAAUCAUUUAA